AGUGACUUUGCGAAUAGUGGAACGUGCUCGUCUAGUCUUGGGGCCUGCCGCAGACCGGUCCCCGCUCUACGUGCCACCCGUGGCCCUCUUCGGCUCCGGGGGGCUGCCCCUACAGGCCCCGCGCUUUUUUGCGAGGCUAGACAGGCGGGCGGCGCCCUCUCGGGAGCGUGCGGUGCGCUGCGCUUCGUGCGCUGCGCCUGGGUGGGCGGAUGGGGAGCGGUCAGAGUGCCGCUGUCGCCGACACGUCCUACUACGACCUGCUCGGGGUCGAGCCCACCGUCUCGUCGGCGGAGCUGCAGAAGGCGUACAAGAGGAGGGCCCUGCGGCUCCAUCCGGACAAGGGCGGGGACCCGGACGAGUUCAAGAGGAUGAAGGACGCCUACGAUGUCUUACUCAACCCGGAUAAGCGUGCCGCGUAUGACAGAUACGGGCCGAUCAUGGUCGGCGUCAUGAACGGGGAGGCGCCGACCCUGGACGUCAUCGCGGCCAUGUUCGACAAGAUGACCGUCGCGGAGCGCGCCAGGGUCGUGUCGAUAGCAGUUCUCGUCGCCUGCUUCGUCCUAGCUUCGCCGCUGAUGCUCGCGCUGCGGUGGGACGGCGCCUCCGCGGAGCCGUGGCCGCUGGCCUUCCUGCCCCUGUGGCUGCUGGAGGCCGGCGCCGCCUGCGGGCUGCUGCUGAUACCCGCCCCGAGGCCGGAGGACCCCGCGGACGAGCUGGACGCCGAGGCGCAAGCGGUGCACGAGCGCCUGCGCUCGCUGAAGCUGGAGGGCGUCGCGUGCGCGCUGGUGUCCGCGGUGACGCAGGCCCUCCUGGCGGCGAAGCUGGGGGGUUCCUUCGGCGGCUCCUGGGUGGCGGUGUUCUGCCCGCCGAUGCUGCUGGAGUGCUGCUGGCUGGCGCGCGGGGGCUGCAGGGCGGGGCGGGCGUGGGCGGAGUGGGUCGCCGCGAGGCCUCAGGCGAGGCUGCCCGGCUUCCUGGCGGAGCACUUCGCCUGGGGCGCGGCGCGGCUCGCGGCCUGGGCCCUCGUGGCCGCGAGGGCCGCUGGCGCCUGGCGUGGGAGCUGGCUCUUCUGCCUGGUGCCCCUGCUGCUCUGCGAGGGGCUCCGGUCCUGGCUGCCGCCGGCGAGGCGGGCCGCGAGCGUGGGCUCGCAGGUGCGGCUGCGUGGCCUCUCGCAGAGAGAGCUGAACGGUCGAGAGGGGACGUUCGUCGGCGUGAACGAGUCGGGGCGCGUCGUGGUGCGGCUGCGCGCCGGGGAGGCGGGAGGCAGCGAGGAGGGCCAGAGGGCGUGGCGCGACGUGGGCGUGAAGCCGGAGAACGUGGAGAAUCUGGAGGAAGCGGCUGCGGGCCGAUGUCUCUGGCUGCGCUGGUUGCCGUGGCUGCUGUUAGGGGCCCUCAAGCUCGACGGCUGGAGGACGUCCGCCUUCAUGCUGUUUCUCCCGGUCUUUGUGCCAGUCUGUUGCCUGACGUGCGCCUUCUCGUGCGGCAUUUGUAUCAUCAACGGAGAGUUGGUGAAGCAGAUGGAUCCUGCGCAGCAGGGGGCCCGAGAAGGCGGAGAUGGGCAUGCUGCAGAGUCCACUGUUCCUUACGAUCUGAUGACUGAGCCUGCUGCCCAGCCGUGAUGCUCCAUGGCAUGGCGUACAGUCGCGUUACAUCGCUGAUGUUCAUUGCGCCCUAGGCCCCGUAGAAGAGCUUGGAGCCAACAGAGAGCGCCAACAUUGUGACGGGUGCGAUUUAGAUGCUGUUAGCGCCUCCCCCCCCGCCGCGACGCGCCGCCCGCCGGCCAGCGCGCGCGCGCGAGGGCUGUAGGCUCUCGGGGCGCUGAUGCGGGGUGUAAAAG